GUGAAACCAUAGCCGAGGAUCCUGUGCUAUCGGUUGAGGAGAAUACUUGCGAGAAGCAUUUCGUAGCAACAACUGUUCGCAACUCAAGUGGAAGGUAUGUCGUUAGUUUGCCAUUUAACUCCAACCCUAAUAUCGUUUUAGGAGAGUCGAAGGAAAUAGCCGAUCGCAGACUGCGUUGUAUCGAACGGCGGUUGAACACCAAUGCUAAAAUGAAAGAAGAGUAUGUGAAAUUUAUGAAAGAAUAUGAGCAUUUGGGGCAUAUGAAGCGACUUACCAGUGCUGCAAACGAUUCGGUAGAGCAUUACUACCUCCCACAUCACGCUGUCAUUAAGGAAUCAAGCACAACCACGAAGACGUAGAGAAGAUGUAUCGUCAAAUUUUACAUAGCCCUCAUGACCGUAACUAUCUGCGCAUCCGGUACAGAGAACAUCCUGCAGAUCCUAUAUCGACAUUUGAGCUACAGACGGUUACGUACGGCACAGCCUCUGCUCCAUUUUUAGCAACCAGGACCCUAAAAUAGAUUGCUCUUGAUCACAAGGAAGAGUAUCCUUUGGCAAUGAAUGCGGACAUGAACGAUUUUUACGUAGAUGAUUUGCUAACGGGUACCGAUGAUUUGUCCGAAGCAAUCGUUAUACAAAGGCAAAUCUCAGACAUGCUAAAUUCAGCUGGCUUCACGCUGAAGAAAUGGGCGUCGAACCGCACCGAAGCAUUGAAGAACGUUCCUUCUGAAGAUGUGGCGGUACAACUCACGCACGACUGGAAGAGCUCGAAACAAGUAUCCACGUUAGGCAUCGUUUGGGAACCGGCAACUGAUACAGUACGGUUUCGUAUUGAGAUACCACCUACAACACCCAGCAUGACGAAAAGGUUAAUUUUGUCAUAUAUCGCCAAGAUAUUUGAUCCCCUCGGGUUACUGGGCCCAACGAUCAUCAUCGCAAAGAUGUUCAUGCAGCAACUAUGGGCUCUCAAGAUUAAUGGAAAGGCAUAUGACUGGGACAGCGAGCUACCAUCGCACUUACAGCAUGAAUGGUCGAAAUUUCACUCUACACUAUCUUCACUACGCAAUUUGACAGUCCCACGGUACAUAUCGCAAUGCACGGCAACAAGUCUGCAAAUUCAUAUCUUUGCCGACGCAUCACAACUAGCAUAUGGUGCUUGUUGCUACAUUCGGGCUGAAAGCAUGGAAGGAGUAACCGUGCAGCUGCUAACAGCCAAGUCAAAGGUCGUUGCGUUAUCCAAUUCACAUUCCAUAGCUCGAUUGGAAUUAUGUGCAGCACGACUAGCCACACUCCUAAACGAGAAAGUCCAGCAAUCACUGAAAAUUUCUGCUACCACCAUCUGUUGGACCGAUUCCAUGACUGUUCUUCACUGGCUGAAUUCAGCACCAAAUCGAUGGAAGCCCUUCGUUGCAAACAGGGUUGCAAAAAUUCAGCAAACGGCUGGAAUACAAUGCUGGAAGCAUGUUCCAGGCUCGGACAAUCCAGCAGACGACAUUUCGCGAGUUUUAACUCCGGAAAAGUUGCUAGUGUGUGAGCGCUGGUGGCACGGGCCACAUUGGUUAGCACGCAACUCGGAAGAAUGGCCACAGAACACACCAUCACCAAGCGAAGAUGAGAGCGCAGAAGAAGAAAACCUAUCGUCACGGGUUGCAAGCACAGCAUUAAUCUGCGAAUUUCGAAACAGUUUGUUCUCACGAUUUUCGAUCUACCACAAACUGCAAAGAGUUGUUUCACAUUGUUUGCGCUUUAUACAAAACGCAAAGCGCCGCGUAGGAAACAAGGUCCAUGCUAAGGACAUCCUACCACUCACUGUAGACGAACUCAAGGCGGCAGAACUCAAGUUGUGUUAUCUUUCGCAACAAGACACCUUUUCCGAGGAGAUACAACACCUGCAGAAGGGCAAAGAGAUUCCGAAGAACUCCAAAUUAAAAUGGAUUUCCCCUUUCAUAGAUACGCAAGGUAUUCUGCGCAUUGGUGGCCGGCUCAGUAACGCACAUCUGUCGGAAUCAGAAAAACACCCGGUAAUAUUAUCAUCGAAACAUCCACUGUCCGCACUACUAGCUGUUUCGAUACACUUGACAUUUAUCAAUGCACUUCGUCGUUUGAUUGCACGUCGUGGUCAAAUCAGUGAACUGCAUUCCGACAAUGCAACCACCUUUAAGGGAGCGGCACAUGAGCUGAAUCGCGUAUACAAGAUGCUAAAGUGCAACGAACAUGAUCGAGCUGCUAUAUUUGAUUGGUGCGCGAUGAAUCAGAUGAAGUGGAAGUUUAUCCCACCAAGAGCACCACAUUUUGGAGGUUUAUGGGAGGCAGCGGUGAAGGCAGCUAAAAAGCAUAUAGUCAGAACAAUAGGAACAACAAGCAUCACACAGGAGAGCAUGCUUACCCUACUUGCCCAGGUAGAGCAAUGUUUGAAUUCGCGACCAAUUACACCUCUAUCCGAUGAGCCGUCGGACUUGGAACCAUUGACACCGGGACACUUCCUCGUCGGUGGCAAUCUGCAAGCGGUACCAAUCAUCGAUUACACCGAGACACCGAGCAACUACUUGAGGGAAUACAAGCUCGAGCCAAUAUUGCAACGGGAAAUCAGCGGUUCUGAAAGAAAAUACACUGGUGAUUAUUAA